AUGGAGAACCCCGUUGUGCGCGAUAGCGACGAGUGGAACACGCUGGAAUUCGCUCUUCAGCUGCGCUGUCGGAGCUCAAGGGUCACCCUGCUACAGGCGUGGAACGUCACAAAACCGGAUGCUGUCUCCGUAUUCAGCCGAUGGGUUCAGACCACUCCCAUAGUCGAGGCUUUCAUAGACGCCACCGCCCUGGAUCGCAACAACUCAACCCAGGACGUGUGUACUCGUGGCUUUGAGAUCGGCAGCAAUGGGUUCAAAGUCAGCAUUGGCAACAUACAUUGCCCGAACUUCCCACUGCUGCGUUCAACGCUGCGAGAAGGCUCAACAUCGGAUACCAAGAGCGGUGCCCUCGACGACAAAGGCCAGAUCCUGCCGCCUAAAAACGCCACCACGACGAACAUAAUGUACGGAGAUAGGAAGGUAUACGAGUACUUCGUCUGCGAUGUCGCGUUGGGCAAGGCCAUUUCGGCAUCCGACGAGAUCGAGGCACAGCGGCUGCGGCUCACGAUGCCCGUUGAGUACGACAGCAUCUACCUCGAGAAUAACGGUCAUGAGCGCCUGUUGGAUGUGACUGCACUGUCUAGGCCCCGCGAAGCGCUGGCGUCGUUGGAUAACCGACAUGAGGACUCCUUUUCGGAAGGCGUCCUCCCGCAGUUUGCGUUCCGCCGGGAGUACAUUAUCUACGGCGCGUCACAGAUACUCGCACGGUACCUCAUACAGUUCGAGUUCGACCCCACCGCGGAGGAGACGUUCGCGCUGCCUCUCUGUGACAGCUGCCAGAACGACGCCGCUACAAUAUACUGCCCUUCGGACACGGCCCGGAUAUGCAGGAAGUGCGACGAAAAGCUGCACUCCCAAAACAAGGUGGUUUCCCGCCAUAUCCGAGUGCCGCUUAAUCAGGUUCGACCAUGA